AUUUUGCUCAAAAUUACUUUCCCACUGUCGUCGACCUAGAGCUUUGGGCAGCGGGGGAUCCCCGCGCAUAUGGCCCCCGACCUCCGUUCUCUCAAGAGCAAAAUGCGCAUUUACAGGCUGAAGUGUCUAUCCCCUCGACAACGGAUUAUACCGGCAACGCAUACGCUAGUGCCAUCAUGGACACGAUGUCGGAUACCGAAACCUUUUUGCCGUCCGCAUCUGACUCUGACGCGACAAUGUAUCUGAGUGAUGACAACAGCUUGGAGCCAUCUUCCUCCGCUCCCAAUGGGCAGAUGUGCGCCAAACGUCUCAAGCGUAAAACUCGCCAUACCGUUAAAUCCGAGGAAGAUGGUUCCAGUUCAUCUCCCGCGCUAACCACCCGCAAGCGCAGAUGCUUGGACGACGACGACGAAGAAGAAAUCCGAGAGGGGAAGUUUGGUUUUUACAGACUAGCGGACGCUACUGCCGUAGUCAUGGGUAUGCCCGUUCACGACCCGAAGCCGGUAGAUAUCAGCAGCCGCAGGACUCAUGAUGCCCACGGUAAUCUUCUUCGAACUAGGAGAUUUGGAGCGAUGGAACUCGACGAUUCCUACUCCAAGCGUACCGUCAAGAUUACGAACGAACUACCCGCAGGGAUGACUUGCGUACGAGCGUGCGGUUGGACGGACCAGCCCUGCGGGCUGUUUGUAGAAAUGAACAAGGCCCGCGUCGCACAUCACCUGUUGCACUGGCACGGUGUAAAAUCCACAGACACGACUGCCUGCAAAUUCGAGGAUUGCUCAAGAUCAGAAGCGAUGCUCAGUUUGGGCCGUCACGUUGAGAGCGUCCACUAUACUACGUCUUGUGAAUGCCCUUAUUGCGGAAAGCGGUGGUCGAGAUCCGAUUCUUUGGAUCGGCAUCAAGCGACAUGCGGACCGCUCCUUGAAAGCAAGGACCGUGCUAAGAAGGGACGUCGCAAGUUCACUCUCCAAGACCCGAAGAAAUUGGUCUACGGGUAUAUUGUUCCUGCCCGCAACACGACAUAGUCUAGCGUACGAUUUAUUUUCUCCGAUUCUUCACGAAACUUGUCUAUCUUCACGACUACGAUACUUGUUUUAUUCUUUCAUAUAUUGGGCCAAAUCAUUGUACAACCAACAUUCACACUCCUUCCGCAUCGAAUGUUUCUUUUUCUCGGUGUUGUCCUCUCUUCAUUGUUGCUUGGUGUAUCGUCUAUAUGUUUAUCGGAUAAACCUUAUUGCACGCUGGACGUAGUUAUCGUAUCUCACCAUGUCGCUCGGUAUAUGUUCUACAUGCUAUUUGGAUGGAAGUUGGAUGACGGAGCUCUGGAUCUUGGAGUUUUGCAUC